AGCAGCAUGUCGUCUUGGGUUGUCUUGUUCUUUGUGGCGCCCAUCUUUCUCCUGAUUGACACGUCUCCAACCAUCUCUUCCCCGCUGGAGGGGGGGCCGCGGCUCAGCCAGGGGGCUCCAUCCUCAGACUGCCCAUCUUGUUCUCUGCCUCAGGUGAGGAGGAAUAUGUCUGGAGGUCAGGGCGACGUGGUGGAGGCGGUGAAGCGACACAUCCUCAGCAUGCUGCACCUGAACGCCAGACCCAACCUGACGCAGCCGGUUCCGCGUGCGGCGCUGCUCAAUGCGCUAAAGAAGCUGCAUGUUGGACACGUUACUGAAGAUGGAAGGGUGGAGAUAUCAGACGACACUUCUGGCCCCGGGGCCUCCACAGCACCUGAACCUCCAUCCGAGCUGAUCGUCUUUGGGGAGCCAG